AUGCAAAAUAAGUUCGUUUAAAAAGGAAUAUCAGAAAUCCAGAAAUAUGCAAAGGCUCUUUUGGGAAAUAAAAACUAUGUCUAAAAGAAGCUCGCCCAAGAUCCAAACUAUUUCACUAAGUUAGCCCAGGGCCAGAGUCCAAAAUAUCUGUUAAUUGGAUGUUCUGAUUCUAGAGCUCCUCCAAAUGAAUUGACAGAGACCGACCCAGGUGAAAUCUUCAUCCAUCGUAACAUAGCCAAUGUUGUCAACAUGACCGACUUAAACGUAAUCGUUUCUGUUUCAACUUUUAGUUAAAUUGUGUCAUCUAAUAUGCUGUAGAACAUCUGAAGGUCCAUAAUAUCAUCAUUAUGGGUCACACAUACUGUGGAGGAGUAAAGGCAGCCAUGCAAUAAGACUCUGUAGGUGGAUUAUUAGAUCUUUGGCUCAAUAAUAUCAAACAUGUUUAUGAGAAGAAUCAACAUCUUGUGAAUUAAUUUGAGAAUGAGAAUGACAGAGUUGCAUGUUUGUCUAGUUUAAAUGUCAGAGAAUAAGUACUCAAUAUGUGGAAAAAUCCUAUCGUAUAGAAAUCUUGGGAAGUUGGACAUCGUAUCUUAUUUAUUAAUUUAUUAGCUGUUAUGGUACAUGGAUGGUUAUUCAGAGUGGAAACAGGAUAUAUUGAAGAAUUGUAAUUGGAUGAGAAUAUUCCUGAAAGUCUAUCUGAUGUCUUUAGAUUGCAUUUCAAAAGUGCUUAACAAACAGCACAAGGACAGCAAUCUAAACAAAAUGAUGAUCAAUUAGCUUUGCCAAGUUUAAACAGUUAAAAAUUCUAAUAAAUGCAAAGCAAGUUAGUAACUGAAUUCAGAAAGUACUCAAACCAUUCUUAAGAUUGUAAUCAUGAAAUGGUAAACUAAAUAUCUGGUAUUCUUUAAAAUGACCCCAAUUUUAAGAAAGAAAAUAAGUGA